GCGCAUGUCUAUAGAGGUUAGCAGGUCACAUCAGUAGCAGUACACCACGUUAUCGUCCGCUUUAAUGACACAGCAGUAUAAGACUGACAAACUGGAAGUGGUUUUCGGAAGAACGGAACGUCGCCAUGAUUACUAAUAGAAGUACCGUUGUGUUGAAACAAUCCAACUCGCUGUCACUUCGUUUUCUUUCGACAACAGUCGCUGCCAAGACUCGCACGCAUGCAGAGGGGGCGCCAGCCUCGAGCGAUGACAGAAUGCAAAAGUCUCACUUUUUAAUCGAGGGAUUUCAGGGAAGCGCAAAAUCGGUUUCUCUAAACAGAGCAAAGUUGCUGCUAUCCACUGCAUUGACACAUUCACAAGAAGGUCCGGGGAUACAAGGUAUUCCAGGUCAUGGCAAAGACCCUCGUCAGGCAUUAUACCGGAGAUUUCACACUGGUGAGCAGCGUCCAUUGGUCCAAAAGACAGAGACUGGUGCAGUACACGUGGACAAUGAGGCCAGUCCACAGGGUGUUCAGGGCGAUGACUGCGUACACUUCAGGCUAUGGAGGGAGAGUUGUCAGCGAUACGGCCUGGAUAACUGUGACCAACAGCUGCAGGGGAUCCAGAGUGGGCGGAAAACACUGGGCCAGGUCCUGGCAGAACAGGACGAACUUAUUCACAGCAUCUCUCAGAAGUAUCGUCAGCAGGCUAUUGCCCGACACCAGGAAGAGGCUGCGGAGAGCUGCAGUGUUCAAGGACUGCAAGGGGACUUGAGCACCUUCCCAACGGUUGACACACCUUGCCCACAGGGGGUGCAAGGGGAGGAUUGUGUCAGGUUCAAACUCUGGCUGGAGAACUGCCACCGCUUUGGGUUUAAUGAGUGCAUGGACCAACUUGAGAGUCUCAGCAAAGGGAGAAAGUCGCUGGGUCAGGUGUUUGCUGAGCAGGAUCAGUUGAUUCGAAGUGUUGUCACGCAGCACCAACAGCGGCGGGGGUACUCCACUUCAGCCUCUGACCCCAAGUCUGACCCCCAGGUUGGUCAAACUGAAACCCCUAAACUUACUCAGGCAGAGCGGCUUAAGAAAACCUUUAAAGAAUAUGGAGCGACAGUGAUAGUAUUUCAUACUGGCCUGUCCCUGAUGUCUCUUGGUGGCUUUUACCUUGCAGUGUCCAGUGGAAUUGACAUGGUGGCAUUUAUGGACAAGAUCGGGAUUGGGAAGACCUUGGUAGGGUCGGAGGCUGUAGUAGCCGGGGCAGGAACCUUUGUGGUGGCAUAUGCAGUUCACAAGGUGUUUGCUCCUGCUCGAAUUGGCAUCACCGUCUCCGUAACACCCUUCCUCGUCAGAUAUCUGAGGAAAAUUGGCAUCCUGAAACCCCCAAAGCCUAAGAACAUUGAACAUGUUGAAAAAUAGAUUUGGACUCAACACAUGACAAACUCAGUACAACCAACAGGAUGAUUUGAAGAAAUUCUUGAGUCAGCAAUGAUGGGAUCAAGAUGACUGAUGCAGUACGGGAGACCUGGGGCCAGACUUCUUGGUGUGGUACACACAUCCCUCAUUAUGUGCCUCUCACUUUUUGAUAGGGAUGUUGCCCAAACAUCUAAGGUGCCGCUGUAUCGCUGUGCAGAGUUGCGUUCCUUUGUCAUGGCAGAAUCUGAUGAUUAUGGAUUGAGAUCCCAGAUUUGCCCUGAUUAUGAUUCUUGGUGUGUCAGCUCUGUACCUGGGCUUCACCAAGGUUGUAAACAUCUAAGACUUCCAUCAUUUUGGACUCUCCUACCAUAUUUAAGUUGCAACACCGAUAUAUGACCUAAAUACUGUCUCACUCACUCACUCACUGACUCCUAUAAUUCCAAGAUGUAUCGGUCUUAUUACUUAUUUCAAUUGAACAAUGUGGCCAAUAAAAGCUUUAUUUCGGUCA